CUUAAAUAUUACCUCCAGUUCCAUCCUCGGCAUCGUUCAGUUCAGUUUAAGUGGUCUACCAGUGCGGCGAACCAUCUUCAACGAUCAAUCUCAACCUCAAACCCAACCGAAUCAACUUUUUCCCCCGCGACAACUGCCAAGCGAACCAGUUUGGAUCUUCUCCAAAGGAUAACACGCAUCCCAGACACCAUCCGUUCUGUGAUAUACCCAAAGUCAGUCGGAAUUUCGGAGUAGUUCCAAAGGGGCCACAGCCUUUGUUGACCAAAAAAAAAAUCAUAAAAACAAAACAUCCAGACAAGUGAUAUUUCCUGUUCCAGUUUUUGAAACAACCAAAACCAAAUCAAGCACACGGUGCCGCCCGCCGCACAUCGCCGCACACACACACACGGGCUUAUCUUCUUCUCUUCCGAAUCUCUGCCCGCCAGGCCGCACGCGAUGGCACCGACCAUUCACAAGGAGGAUAAUUUUUCCACCACGAAUCUCAAGUGGAAGAUGACUCUCGUUCAGCCAUCCGGAGAACUGUGCGCCAAGAUCAAGGAGGAGCUGCGCGAGCCAGCGAAUCCAGCCGACAUUGAGCGUGACAUCGGAAUCAUCCGCGAGUGGCUCGGCAAGCAGCCCCAUCUGCCAAAGGAUAUGGACGAUGCCCGCCUGCGUACCUUCCUGCGCGGUUGCAAGUUCAGCAUCGAACGCGUCAAGCAGAAGCUGGACAUGUACUACACCAUGCGUAAUGCCGUGCCGGAGUUCUUCACCGAACGGGACGUAACUCGUCCGGAGACGGCCGAAAUUUUGAAUGUGAUUCACAUGCCACCACUACCAGGACUGACCCCAGCCGGUUGCCGUGUGGUGAUGCUCCGCGGUACCGAUAAGGACAUCACCACCCCGAACGUCAUCGAAUCGAUGAAGCUGACGUUGAUGAUCGGCGAUGUGCGACUUGCCGAAGAAGCCGUCGGUGUCGCCGGUGACGUGUACAUCCUGGAUGCUAGCGUGGCCACUCCGACACACUUUGCCAAAUUCACUCCCACACUGGUCAAGAAGUUCCUCAUCUGUGUCCAGGAGGCAUAUCCAGUUAAACUGAAGGAGGUCCAUGUAGUCAAUGUUUCGCCGAUCGUCGACACCAUUGUCAACUUUGUUAAACCCUUCCUGAAGGAGAAGAUCCGUGAGCGCAUCCACAUCCACAGCAGCAUGGAUGAUCUGUACAAGUUUGUACCGAAGUCGAUGCUGCCGUCCGAGUACGGCGGCGAUGCCGGAUCGAUCAAGGACCUGAACGAGCAAUGGCGCAGCAAGUUGGCCGAAUACACCGGCUGGUUCAAGGAACAGGAAGCCAGCAAAGCCAACGAAUCACUCAGACCAGGCGCCCCAAAGACCGCCGACGAGCUUUUCGGUAUGGACGGAACCUUCAGACAGCUAACCAUCGAUUGAAUGAUGAAGCCGUCCGCAAUCCACCGAAUACCGCUCAUAUCCCCCUCCCAAAAAAACACUCAUUCCAAACAACAACAAAAAAAAAACAGGUAACCAAUCUCAUCUCCUAACAUUUCACCUCUUCCAUUUCUCAUACUUCUAAUUAGCCGAAUUACUCAAAUUACAAUAGGACGCUCAAAACCCCACGUAGUUAGAAUCCAUAUUCUCAUCUUCCAUUUAAAUUAGAAUAUCCUUGGUCCUUUUGGCCCCUAGAAACCUACCUAGAAACCAAAGCCUUGGACUGUUCGUGACCGAAAGCAAAAUUUUGCUUCAUCCAAAUUAAUAUAUAUUUUUUCGAUUGUUUGGAAAGCGUUGAUCCCCGCCACAGAUGGUGGACACAUGGUAGAUUUCAGGACCCUAGGUCCAUUUCAUUCCGGGAGCGUAUGUAUAUUUGGUCUCGGAUAGCGCUCUAUAGUUGAUAAUGCAUACAUAUAUGCUCUGUGUUUGUGUAGUGUGCCUAGUUCUGCAGCUUGUUCUAUAUAUGCAUGCAUCCAGUCAUCAUUCCGUCCGAAAGAAGGCCUAAAAACAUAUCAUACCGAGAAUUGAGAUUCUGUAACUCAUCGCGAAAAAAAACCUAUCUAGAGCAGUCAGUUUUUGUUGUAACAGUUUUGUUUUAUAUUUUGUACGUAUUUGCUAUUAAAGACUUUCUUGUUUAAAAGGAACUGAA